CAGGCCUCAUUUGGGAAUUGGGAUUCAACUGAGACCCGGACCCGAUCCGGGAAAAGAACCCCUUCGAACUGGCUGAUAUUUUUGAAGGCGAUAUUUUUGAAUUGCUUGGUCUGGUUGAGGUGCGAAGAAGAGAAAAACUUGUUGAAUUUUUUCCCCCAUUUUAUUUCUUUUCCGAACUCUCAAAAAGGGGAUUAAGAAUUGGUGGUAGAGAGUUUGUAGUUUCGUCGUCCACAUUUUCACUCAUCAGAUUGCAUGAGUAAUUACUUCUUCACCACCCAGCUUCCGCCCCUCCCUGGCUCCGAUUUUCACGAUGGGAACAAGUUUCAGGCCAAAUCUCAAGUGGGCUUUCCAAAUGCAGACUCAUUCCCGCAACUGCUCCCCUUCCAAGUUUUAUCCACAUGCCUCUAAAGGCAGGGAAGCUUCUUUCAAUUCGGCAAGACUUUCCUUCUUCUCUGCUAUUUGUGAGGAAGGGGAAUCUAGCUCUAGAGAAACCUUGAAAACAUACACUUGCUUGUCUGAAGCUCCGCAAACCUCAGCUGAUGAUCUGUUAGAUUUGGAUGAGAUAGAGAUAAACAGUAGAGCAAGACCACUCAGUCAUUUUCAUUACGGGAUAAAAAAUACUGGGCCAUCCAAGAUAGAGGACAAUUUUUCUUCCUGUACAAGCUUGCCUACUGGCAAGGCGUCACAUUUUGGUAUGUUAAUGGAAAACCUUGAUGUUUUGGAGGAAGCUUUUACUGAAUCAGGCAUGCUAAGCUUGGAAAGAGACAUUGUGCUGCAACUAACAAAACUUGGAGCUUUGGAGUUUUUUAAUACCUGUCUAUCUAGGACUCUUAAAACCUCAACCUCAAGUUUUCUGGAUUUGUCAGACUUACCCAUUGAGGAUGGUGGAGGUCAUAAUGUUAACCAGAAAACUGACCGCCAGAAUGAUGACAUCAUAGUUUACUCUGGGAAAAAAGUAGGAAGAAGAUCAAUAAAAGAAAGAGCACGGGAUAAGGCUGAUAAGGUUGCUUCCCAGCCGCCAGCAACAGGAGCUGCUAAAGAAAAAUUUCAUAACUCAGCUAGAUUUCCAAGAAAAAGAGUGUUUAAUUCUAGAAGAAGAAGACUGAUGGUUGCGCGAAAUGAAGCUGAAAUGUCCACAGGGGUUAAGGUAGUUGCAAAUUUAGAAAGAAUUAGAGAAACUUUAGAAAAGGAAUCUGAAAAAAGAGCAAGUAUGAGUUGCUGGGCUGAUGCUGCUGGCAUUGAUAUAAAGGACCUGCAUAAACAGUUGCAAUUUGGUUGGUUCUGCCAGAAUGAGCUUUUAAGGAGCACUAAUUCAUUAGUUCUAUUUCUUGCAAAGAAAUAUCGGUGCACGGGGUUACCAAUGGAGGACUUAGUUCAGGCAGGAGCCAUUGGUGUUCUGCAAGGUGUGGAAAGAUUUGACCCUAAAAGGGGUUUUAGAUUCUCGACCUAUAUCCAAUACUGGAUAAGGAAAUCAAUGUCAAGAGUUGUGGCGCGAAACUCAAGGGGAAUUCAAAUUCCAUGGUCAUUAACCAAGGCAAUAAAUCAGAUACAGAAAGCUCGAAAAGCCUUGAACAAUGGCAGUAGAAGAUAUUCGGAUGACGAUAUAGCAAAGGCUACUGGUCUACCUUUGGCCAAGGUUAGGGUUGCUAGCAACUGUUUGAAAGUUGUGGGUUCUGUUGAUCAGAAGAUGGGUGAUGGACUAAAUAUGAAAUAUAUGGAAUUUACAGCAGAUACGUCAAUACAAAGCCCAGAAGAAACCGUGAAGCAGAAACUAAUGAAGAAAGACAUCUUUAAUCUUCUUGAAGGCUUGGAGCCAAGGGAGAGGCAGGUCCUGGCACUGCGAUAUGGACUUCAGGAUUUCCAACCCAAGUCACUUGAGGAAAUUGGGAAACUUUUGCACGUAAGCAAGGAGUGGGUUCGAAAAAUCGAAAAGAAAGCCAUGACAAAGCUGAAAAAUGAAGAGACUACGGGGAAUUUGUGCCAUUAUUUGGAUUGAUAUACUUCUUUCAGCAUGAGAAACUCCAGUAUUUUCUAAACUUGCAGAAGGCCAAGGAAGCCUAGGUUCAAACUGCUCUUUCAUGCCAUACUAACAAAGUUAGUCACAAGAAAACACGAUGAUGGUCCAAACGAGAUAUCUCGUUCCUCGACGACUCUCACUGAGUAAAGAAUUCUGUACAGUUCCAUACAUGAUGCAUUACAUGCCAGCCUCUGUACUGCUGAAACAUCGACCCAUCUGCUCACUGGUUCGUGUUUUUUUGAUGUAAAAUCUGAUGUUCUAUAUUCCCAUCAUGCAUUGAUGAGGCUUUAGAUAAAGAUUGUUAUCCUAGGUAUGGCCAAACCUUCCAUGUAUAUGUAUAUGCAUAUAGCAAUUUUAAACCUAUAGCUCCACAUAUAUGACAAUAUUUCAUAUGCAGGGCAAUCCAUGCCACUUUGUAGAGGUGUAUAUCUGGAGGAGCAUAGUUGAUUUUAUCAAUACAGAUUUUCUUUUGGCUUUGUGUUCA